AUCUAUCCUCUCUACCGAUAUCCUAGCCUCCGCUAUGGAACGCAAAUCCAUAGAUAACGCGUGGGAGUUGCCUGUCCAGAGUGAGGACGCGACUCCUGGCGUCACCUCACAUAAAACCUCUCCCGAAGUGGUUGACAGAGCAUCAGCCUAUACUUCAAACCCCUCUCGCCCAUCAAUACUUGAAAGCUUCCGAGCCCAGGUUGCAGAUCAUCCUCAUGCCAUAGCUGUCUGUGCGGCUGACGGGGAGAUGACAUAUACCGAGCUCGACACCACCAGUACCAGACUAGCCUCACACUUGUGCAGUCUUGGUGUUGGUCCAGAUGUGUUUGUUCCACUGUUGUUCCACCGAUGCCAAUGGGUUGUUGUCGCCCAGCUCGCUGUUCUUAAAGCUGGUGGUGCAUUUGUGCCCCUGGAGCCCUCACAUCCUGAUCUCCGUUUGGCAAGCAUCGUUCAGCACACAAACUGUGGCUUUGUAGUGGCGUCCGAUGUGAACAAAGACAGAGCAGCACUGCUGGCGGAUAAGACUGUUUGUAUCGAUUGCAACUUCGUCUCUGGGCUACCAGUCAGUGAUGAGAUGUUGCCUUCACCAAGUCCAAACACCCCAGCCUAUGUGCUUUUCACCUCCGGUAGUACUGGUCAGCCCAAGGGUUGUGUCAUAGAACAUGGCGCUAUGGCGAACCUGCCAGAGCAGGCCAGUCUUGUGUACAUUGGACUCUCCGCCAGCUCCCGGGUGUUGCAAUUCGCGUCAUACUCCUUUGCCAUGUCGAUUAAUGAGAUAUACUUUGCAUUGGUCAGGGGUGCCACGAUAUGUAUUCCGUCUGAUCAUGACCGGAUCAACAGACUGCCUGCUACCAUGGAGGAACUGGGCGUGACCUGGGCAUGUAUUACACCUUCUCUGUUGCGAAGCCUUGACUCCAGAACUCCCCCAUCAAACUUGAAAACAAUCAUCCUCGGCGGCGAAGCAGUCCGCAAUGGCGAGUUUGAUGACUGGACUGCCCGUACUAGCAUGGUGUACAUCUAUGGCGCCAGUGAGAACUCUGGGUUUAUCGGCCUUGCACCUCAUCAAUCCGAGGGCGUUGCCUUCAGACCUCAUCCCUCCAUGAAGUUUUGGCUGGUAGAUGCUGAAGAUCAUCAUAGUCUUGUGCCAGUCGGGACUAUCGGAGAGCUGGUCAUCAAUGGACUAUCCCUUGGUCGAGGAUACCUUAAUGAUCCUGAGUCUACCUCUGCCGUCUUUAUUGACGCUCCUGCCUGGCAUCCAUGUGCAGGCCAGACAAAGCUUAACACCGUUCACUUGUACAAGACAGGCGAUCUGUUCCGCUGUGAAGAAGACGGCACUGUUCGCCACGUUGGACGGAAAGGAACACAGGCAAAGAUCCGGGGCAACCGCGUCGACUUGGCUGAGGUUGAGUUCCAUGUCCGCAAGUCCUGUCCUGGCGUCACACAGGUGAUAGCAGAAACAGGAACCUUAGCCGACGAGAGCGAAACUCACGUUCUGGUUGCCUUUUUGUACUCCCCCGAUUACAUCCGGGAGCAGAAGGAAACACUGUUCGCAGUCCCAUCAGACCGGUUCCGAUCCGACGUUCAGGUGAUCCAGACCGAACUGAAGAAGUUACUCCCCGAGCAUAUGCUACCGUCUAGUUAUGUGCCGCUACUAUCGAUGCCACUCACGAUCACGGGCAAGAUCGACCGCCUAGCCUUGCGAGAAAGGUUGCAAAAGUGUACUCGUGCCGAGCUAGACAUAUAUCACUCGAUCAGAGAUGUCGAUGUGACCCUACCCACUACUUCGCUUGAGCGAAGCCUUCAUAGCGUCUUUGCUCAAGUUCUGACACUGGAUCACGGUGCGUUUGGAGUUCAUCAUAGCUUCUUGCGCCUUGGAGGAGACUCAGUGUCAGCGAUGCGAGUAGUCGGUCUGUUCCGUUCAAACGAGUACCCACCUCUGGCCGUGGCGGACGUUUUGAGCCUGGAGACGGUCAGCAAGCUGGCCGUUCAUGUGGAGAGCGUCCAAGCAAUGGCUCCAGCUGCGAAGUCCGUCUUGAAACCCUUUUCUAUGAUUCAAGAAAAGGAGCAAGCUGUCGCAUUGGCAGCAGAGCAGUGCGGAGUCCCUAUCAGUGCAGUGGAGGACAUAUACCCGUGCACGGCGCUCCAGGCGGGUCUGAUGGUCUCGACGAUCAAAGUUCCAGGCCAGUAUAUUGCGCGAUUUGUCUUUCAACUUGCAAAGGAUACCAAUCUGAGUCGACUGCAAUCUGCAUGGCAAGUGGCGGUGAAUUCUAAUUCCAUAUUGCGGACUCGUAUUGUACAGAGUCCGUCCCAUGAGCUAGUGCAAGCAGUGCUUUAUGAAGGACAAUCUGGCAUUGAAUGGAAGAGCUAUUCCUCAGUCGACGCUUACCGGAGCGAGGACAGUGAUUUAUCCAUGGGCCCAGGGGAUCCUCUAGCACGAUUCAGCGUGAUCCAAGAUGCAUCAGGCCCAUCCAUUGCACUUACUCUGCAUCAUGCUGUCUUCGAUAUGCAUUCCCUCGGUCUGGUGCUGGAACAGGUCAAGAAAGCGUACUACAAAGAAAGAUUGCAGGUUCAAUCGUUUGGUCCAUUUAUUCAAUUUAUCGAGAACCAAGACAGGGCGGCGGAGCGAAACUUCUGGCAACACACAUUCAGCGAUCUCCGUGCCUCGGUAUUUCCAUCUCUGCCAAACGAUGCUGUUGUGCCCAAGGCAACGGCUAACUUACAGCGCACGGUCAAUCUUUCUUUGUUGGCUGGAUCCCGAGCUACGUUGUCCAACAUAGUUCGCUUGGCGUGGGGAGUUGUGGUUUCAAACCACACAGAGUCCGAGGAUGUGGUGUUUGGAGCGACGGUCACUGGCCGAGCUGCCCCGGUUGAUAGCAUCGAGAACAUAACGGGGCCAGCAAUUGCGACAGUUCCUGUCCGAGUGAUUUGUCCCCGUGAGAAAACGGUAGCAGAAAUCCUCUCAACCGUGCAGACCCAGGCCAUUCAAAUGAUACCCUUUGAGCAAACCGGUCUCCAAAACAUCCGACAGAUCAGUCCCGAAGCCGCUGCCGCUUGCGAUUUCCAGAGCCAACUUAUCUUCCAGCGACCAGAGCAUGUCCCAGAAGACGAUGUGCCUCCAGUCAUGUAUGGAAAGGGAGAUGCGUACGGUGGAGACAACUACAGUGUCUUCAUCAACUAUGUGAUCGGUUUAAUUUGCACACCUUCUGAUGACGGCGAUUCUCUGCAUAUCCGCGCUCAGUUCGAUCCGGAUCUCCUUCCGCGUGUCACGACGAGUCGUCUGGUCACCCAAUUUGCCAAUAUUCUGCAGCAGAUAUGCAGAGACCAGCAUAGGCUGCUCCGGGAGCUGGAUUUGGUUAGCCAGGAGGAGUUAAACAUCAUCAAACAAUGGAAUGGGGGAGACUUGUCUCCAGAGUCUCCCAACACUCUGCACGACAUAGUGCUCGAGAAUGCGAGAAAAGAGCCUCUAGCGACUGCAGUGACUUCUUGGGAUCGACAGCUCACGUAUGAAAGCCUUGCCUCGCUUUCAGCCGAUGUAGCCCAGCAGAUCAUCCAAGCCGGUGUCCAGCUCGGGGCGCGAGUUGCUUUAUGCUUCGAAAAGUCGAGCUGGCCAGUGGUGAGCAUGUUGGCGGUGCUACGCGCCGGUGCAGCAGUAGUCAAUAUUGAUCCCGCCCUGCCGCCGGCCCGGAUUGAAGCUAUCGUGAAAACAUCGCAACCGUCACUGAUCCUCUCAAGCUCUGCAAUGCGCCACGUGAUGGAUUCCUUGCAAACCGGAGUUCCCUUGCUCGAAGUUCCCUGUGGAAAACCUGCUCCAGCAGCGACCCCAGCGGAGUGGCCUUCUGUCCAUCCCCACGACGUAGCCUUUAUCCUGUUUACCUCCGGAAGCACUGGCACCCCGAAAGGAAUUGUCAUCGAGCAUCGCAAUUUCACAUCCGCUUUGCACAGCAUUGGCGAGGCCGCCGGUGCGCAUUCUGGCAUGCGAACGCUGCACUUUUGCAGUUACGCGUGGGACGUGAGUAUGGAAGAGGUAUUUCUCACCUGGGUCCAUGGUGGGUGUCUCUGCAUCCCGUCAGAAACGCAGCGGAUGUCCAACCUGGCCGGCUUCAUUGAAGAGUACCGAGUCAAUUGGGCUGCCAUGACUCCGUCUGCUGCGAUGGUCCUCAGUCCUGAUGAGGUUCCUGGGUUGAAAACGCUGCGUCUUUGCGGGGAGAAUAUCCCUGUGGAGAUGAUGGAAAUGUGGUCCUCGCGUGUGCGCUUGAUCAAUGGGUUCGGCCCAGCCGAGGCCUAUACUUGCGGCUCCCUCACAAUUGAGCCUGGCAUGCACUUCCCCGGUCGGAUCGGCCAUUUGUUUGGUUCUGCAGGCUGGGUUGUCGUAGCUGAUGAUGUCAACCGUCUUGCUGCCGUGGGAGCUGUGGGAGAGCUGUUGAUCGAGGGCCCGACGGUAACGCGGGGAUACUUUAACGAUCCAAGGAAGUCUCGGCAGGCGUUCAUCGAAGCUCCCGAAUGGCUGCGUAAGAUUCGUCCAGGUGGAAUUGCCGGUCGCAUUUAUCGCACAGGAGACUUGGCUCGAUACGAUGAAAAUGGAUACCUGCACUAUAUGGGGAGGAAAGAUAGCCAGGUGAAGCUCCGAGGCCAGCGACUCGUGCUGGGAGACAUUGAGCAUCAAGUGCAGCUCCACUUUCCGUCAGCGGUGCAGGCUGUAGCGGAAAUCAUCCGGCCACGCGAAGCGGCUGCAGCGUUGUUGGUUGUCUUCAUUGCUCGAGAGUCUGUCGGUUUCAAUGGUGAUGAUUCGCUCCUGCAAGAUCCGGACGAGGAGCUUUUGCACCAGAGUGCAUCUGCAACCGCACGUAUCCAGGAUGCCCUCCCUGCCCAUAUGGUCCCAUCGGCGAUACUCCCAGUUUACCAAAUCCCCAGGGGUAGAACCGGAAAGAUCGACCGCCGAACCCUGCGAGAGGCAGCCGAGCAGUUGUCCCCAGAAGAACUCCAAUCCUAUGUCGUGGGAGCAAACCGGGCAGACAGCGCAAAAGAGCCCCCGCGUACUGCAGCAGAGAUGCUGUGGCAGGCACUCUGGGCGCGAGUUCUCUCCAUCCCAGAAAGCCGUAUUGGACGGGACGACCAUCUCUUCCGGAUCGGCGGCGAUUCCAUUCAUGCGAUGAAGCUGGCAGCACUUGCUCGAAAGGCGGGUCUGGCCCACGUCACAUUCCAGGAUAUCUUUCAUCAUCCUUGUUUGAAGGAUAUUGCUGUGGUAGCUGGCACCUCUACCGAGGUCGGGACUCUCCAGGGACCAUUAACCUUGGCUCCGUUUGCACUUGUUGAUGAUAUCGAGACGCUUCUUCCAGUAGCGAGCAAUCAAUGUGGGACCUCCGUUGACCGCAUCGAAGACAUUUACCCCUGCACACCAAUGCAGGCUGCUCUUAUUGCGUCCACUAUCCAUCAGCCUGAUGCCUAUAUGGCAUGCAAAUCCUUUAUCCUGGCGGAUGGGGUCGACACUGAUAAACUGAAGCGGGCCUGGGAAAUCGUCGCGGAGGCUCAUCCUAUCCUGCGUACACGCAUCACUCAGACUAGCACCGGAACCUGCUAUCAGGUUGUUCUGAAAGAACCACUGAGCUGGUCAUAUCAGGAGGAUCAUUCCACUUCACCCGAGCCUGCUGUAGGCCUUGGAACAUCGCUUGUUAGCCUCAUCCUCUGUCCGGGUCACCUGCUUCUUUCUAUCCACCACGCCCUGUACGACGCGUGGUCCCUGCGCUUACUCGUUGACGAGGUGGACAGAGCAUACCGUCAGCUCCCCUUGGAGCCACUGACUCCAUUCAAAAAGUUCAUCGCACACGUGGAAAGCUGCAUGGAGUCGGCCGCAGUGUUCUGGAAAGAGGAGUUGCAGAAUGUCGAUGCAUUGCAUUUUCCCGCCCUUCCAUCUCUCAACUAUCGACCCAAGCCCCAAUCCUUCAUUCGCAGGACAAUCGCCUUGCCGGAGACUCCAAAGUCCCACGACGCGACCAUAGCCUCUAAGAUCAAGCUCGCUUGGGCCCUCGUCAGCAGGACUUAUACAAACAGCGAUGACAUCAUCUUCGGGGUGACCUCGUCCGGCCGAACCGCGCCAGUCGUUGGAAUCGAGGGUAUUGCAGGUCCCACUCUUGCGACAGCGCCCCUGCGCCUUCGUCUUGACCCGACGCAGAGUUUAGCCGAGGCUCUGGACAAGUUGCAGAACCAUUCGGUGCGGCAAAUGGGGCAUGAGCAGUUGGGCUUGCAGCAGAUCAGCCAGCAAAGUGAAAGUGCGGCCACAGCGUGUCAAUUUCAGACUCUUGUUGUGGUUGACCCAAAAGAGGUCCCCGAGUCCGAGCACUUGUGGUAUUGCCAUGCGGAGUUCUUGUCGGAUACCAACCAUUUUAGUAGCCAUGCAUUGCUGCUGCACUGUCAACCGCUCCUUGGGGAUUCCGAUAUCAGUGUGACGGUCACUUUUGAUUCGGCUGUGGUGCCCAGUGCUCAGAUGGAUCGCAUCUUCGCGCAAUUUGAACAUAUCUUGUUGCAAAUCCACGUUGCGGAUAUGGAUGCUAUGAUUAGUGACCUGGAGUUCGUCAGCCCGCAUGACUGGAAUGAGCUGAUUGAAUGGAACGUGUUGGCUUACCAGCAAGACGUGCAGUGCGUCCACAGCUUAGUUCACGAACGAUGCCAAAUAUGGCCAGAUUCAGUCGCCAUCCAUGCGUGGGACGGGGACUUUACAUACCGCCAGCUGGAUGAGCAUGUCGCGCAACUGUCACACCACAUUCAGAGACUAGAUGUAGUUCAUCCGAAUACAUUUGUCGCUCUGUACUUCGAGAGAUCUCGAUGGACUAUAGUCGCACAACUGGCCGUUCUUCGUGCUGGUGGAGCCAUUACAAUGCUCGAUUCUUCGCAGCCCACCGGUCGCCUCCGCGAUAUCUGCACAGAUAUCCAGCCUGUUCUCAUUCUGACUUCUCCAGCGCAGAAGAACUUCGCCAGUGCCCUGUUUGAUGCACCCGUGCUGAUAGUCGAGUCUGCGCUUCCGGCUCAGUUGAUGCGUUGCGUUGAGGCCGGCAGCCACGGUGUCCGCCCAUCCGAUGCCAUGUACACAAUCACUACUUCCGGCACCACGGGUAAGCCGAAGGUCGUGGUCAUCGAGCAUCGAUCAUUCGUCGCCAAUACGAAACCUGUGAUCAAACGGAUGGCCUUCAAUUGUGAUACACGGACGCUCCAAUUCACCUCAUACGGCUUCGAUCCCAUGUACAUUGAGCAUUUUAUGACACUGCUAGCGGGCGGUUGCAUCUGCAUCCCAUCUCAAUCAGAUCUUGAUAAUCGCCUGGCGCAAGUCAUCACGGAAAUGGGAGCAAACUGGGCCACGCUGACUUCCUCAGUCAUUCAACUGCUCUCGCCGGAGGUCGUCCCCACCAUGCGAACCCUGAUACAGGGCGGAGAGCCGAUGCAGCAGAGCGUUGUGGACCGUUGGGCAUCGCACGUGCGACUUGUCAAUGCGUACGGCCCCUCUGAAUGCAGCAUCGUCAGCUGCAUCAGCGAUCCGUUCUGCCCAGACACAUACCCCAACACUAUCGGCCGCGCCACUGGAGGUUCCGCGUGGAUCGUGCACCCAGAGACUCUGGAUCCAUUGCCCAUCGGAGCAGAGGGUGAACUCAUAAUCGAGGGCGCAAUUGUCGGCCGAGGCUAUUUCAAUAAUCCAGAACGAACGGCUGCUGCGUACAUACCUGUGCCAAGCUGGCUACAGAGACUCCGCGUUGAGUGUGAGGAAGCUCGGGUGUACCGCACGGGUGAUCUGGUGAAGUACAACUCCGAAGGAGAGAUUGUGUACAUCCGUCGCAAGGAUUCACAAACCAAGCUCCGCGGUCAACGUCUCGAACUGAUGGAAGUCGAGCAUCACGUUCAGCAAUGCUUUCCGGACGCCCUUCAAGCCGUGGCUGCUAUUUCGUCUCUCGGCACAAGCACCGGAGCUCUGGUCGCCCUAGUUCUAUGUGCAUCUGCAUCGGGCCAGUCUUCGAAUGAAGGGGACAUUUUGCUUCCAGCAGCGAGCACUUCCAGGUUUUUGAAGGACGCACAUAUUGCCGAAGCAGCUCUCCAGGAACGAGUGCCCGCAUAUAUGGUCCCAAAUCUUUUCAUCCCCGUGUCACGCAUCCCGAGAGAUGUGAAUGGGAAAGUCGACCGACGGCAGAUCAACAAUCGUCUGGCCUCUCUUUCGCGACUGGAAGCCGAUAGCUAUCGCUCGGCAUCUACCGUCGUGGUGCCCCCUCAAAACGACAUCCAGCGUGAUAUCCGUGGGAUUUGGGCUGUUGUGCUGAAUAUACCCCCGGAAGAAAUCGGUAUUAACAAGAGCUUCUUCCGCAUCGGCGGUGACUCCAUUACCAGCAUGCAGGUAGCGGCGCAGUCCGGGGCUGUGGGAAUCCCUAUUACCGUGCAAGACCUAUUCAAGUACCGGACAAUCGAGCAAUUGGCCCUGCAUACAGUCCGAUCCCAUAGCGAGGUGGCGAAGACGGAAGAGGACGAUAUUAUUGAUACACCGGUGGACCUUUCUCCCAUUCAACAGAUGUUCUUUGACUGUGCACCUCCAAGCCCAAAUUACUUUACACAAACUUUUCCCUUGCACUUGGGGAAGGCUGAUAUGAGCGGUAGGACUCUUGCACAGGCGCUUGACGUGCUAGUCCAGACACACUCGAUGCUCCGGGCUCGGUUUGAGAAAGGUCCGGAUGACCGGUGGAUGCAGAGGAUUCCGUCCUGUGUGGAUGGCAGCAGCUAUCGGCACCGUGAUCAUGGCGUUCAGUCACAGGACAGUAUUGAGGCUAUCUGUCGCAUCAGUCAAAGGUCUUUGGAUAUCCAGCAUGGGCCGUUGCUGAUAGUCGAUCAAUUUCAACGCGACGAUGGCAGGCUCUUCAUAUCCCUUGUUGCACAUCACCUGGUGAUUGAUCUCGUGUCAUGGAGAGUCAUUCUCGCCGACCUUGAGCAGCUCCUGACUACCGAGUCGGUGCCUGCUAUUCCCUCUAUGCCGUUCCUCCGGUGGUGUCAGCUCCAGGCCGACUAUGCAACGAGGUGUCUGCCUGCCCCGCAGAACGAGGCUGAGACUGUCACGGCGUUUUGGGGAAUCGAUGCGAUCAGUCACAAUACUCACGCUGAUGUCGACAGUUAUGGGUUCAGUCUUGACGAGGAAACUAGUCAAAUCCUAAUAGGCCGUGCAAACGAAGCGCUUACCACGCAGCCCGUCGAGAUUAUCCAGGCAGCUGUCCUGCAUUCCUUCGUUCAGCUUUUCCCAGACCGGCCAGCUCCCGUCAUUUUUUCCGAAGGUCAUGGCCGUGAGCCGUGGGAUGCCAGUGUGGACCUUUCCCGUACCGUGGGGUGGUUCACCACCGUCUGGCCCACCACAGUGUCACUGGCCGCUUCUGAAGGAUUGGUGACCGCUCUUCGACGCACAAAGGACGCUCGUCGGCAGACUCCCGCAAAUGGUUGGCAGUAUUUUACCUCCCAGCAUCUCCAUCCUCAAGGCGCCAAAACCAUGGGAGAUAUAGAAAUCGUGUUGAACUACCAGGGCCGGUACCAGCAGCUGGAGCGCGUCGGCGCCCUGCUGACUCUAGACGCAGGGAACGAACUCGGCGUUGGAGAUAUUGCUGAGGAUAUGCCCCGGUUCGGUUUGCUUGACGUCUCGGCUCACAUCAUUGGGGAUCGUCUGCGCUUGCAGUUCUUAGUCAAUCGCCGGAUGCGCCACCAGGACCGUCUCCAGAAGUGGGCAGAACAGUGUGAGAGGUCUCUGCGCGGGAUGGCCGAUAAGUUACCCUCUAUGAUGCACCGCCACACUGUUUCGGAUUUCCCGCUCCUGGGAACUGUCACCUCCGACCAGGUUGAUCGAUCGUUGCAAGAGAUCAUUCCCAGAUUGGACGGAGAGAUUGAAGAGAUUUAUCCGACUACUCCGGUCCAGCAGGGCAUGCUUCUGAGCCAAGCCCGCAACCCAGGGUAUUAUCAGCAGGUCAUGCGUUGGAAAGUGAUCCGCACUCAAGCUGAUGGAGCGCCCCUCGAUGUUAGACAGUUGGAACGUGCAUGGCAACAGGUGGUUGAUCGACAUCCGGCCCUGCGCACGGUGUUUGUAGAGCUUUCCGAAGGAUCCAUGGACCAGCUUGUGCUCAAAGGUGUGUCCGUGGCCAUCCAAAUCCCGACGGACAAUGCAACGAAAACCGAUCGCAUUCGACCUUCCGCGUGCCUACAUCUCCAAAAGUCCACACUUGAUGAGAUUCUGGUUGAGUUGGAAAUUAAUCAUGCGCUCAUUGAUGGCCCCUCGGAGCGGAUCCUUCGGCGCGACCUUGCCCUGGCCUAUGGUGGGCAUCUUUCCCCGAGCCAUGCACCAUCGUAUCGGGAUUAUGUCGCGUAUUUACAGAGCACCACCGGUUCUGGUCCGAAUGGGGAGGCGUACUGGCGCGGAUAUCUCGAUUCCGCAAUUCCCUGCAUCUUCCCCAACCUCACGGACGGUUCCACAAUGAUCCCUUGUGACAAUAAGAAGCAAGCGGAGUUUGGCUCGCUCUUCGUAGAGCUUGGUUCUACCCCGAAUAUGGAGGAGUUUUGUGAGGAACAUGGUCUGGCGUUGAGCAGUGUGUAUCAAGCGGUCUGGGCAAUUGUGCUGCAGUGUUAUACCGGCUUGACCAGUGUCUGUUUCGGGCACAUGGUAACCGGUCGGAGUGUUCCAGUCCCUGGCGUACAGGAUAUAGUUGGGCCCGCGAUGAAUCUGCAUGUCGCGCAUUUGCAUAUUCAGCCCGAGGCGUCGGUGCUAUCUGUCCUCCAGCAGUAUCAUGACGACCGGCUGCGCAGCCUGAAGUAUCAAAGUUACUCCUUCGCAAAGAUUCUGCAGGCAGUCGGUGCGACAGGGAAUGAACUGUUCAACACUAGCAUCUCAGUCCAGGACCGGCGACGACAAGGGGCGGGUAUUGACGAGACUUUGACAACUGUUUCCGUUGAAGAAUAUGGAGGAGAGGACCGGAGCGAGGAGUCUUUCAUUCCCCGCAAACACGCUGCAACUAUCGGUCAGACCUUUGCACAAGUGCUGUCCGAGGUGAUAUCCCGGCCCUCCCACCUAGUCCGGGACAUUGAGCUCCUUGAUCCAGCGCAGCGGACAUUGCUCGCAACCCGAAAUAGUGUUGUACCGGAAGCCGUGACAGAUCACGUACAUCACGCAAUUCAUCGUCUAAGCCUUGACCAUCCCACUGCCCACGCUGUCUGUGCUUGGGACGGAGAUUUCACAUUCGAGGAACUGGACCGUCUCUCCACCAUCCUGUCAGAGGAGCUAAUCCAGCAAGGCGUGGGGAUUGAAAUGCCCAUCCCACUUUAUCUAGAUAAAUCGCGCUGGACUCCAGUAGCCCUACUGGCAGUGUUGAAAGCCGGGGCAGCCUUUUUGCUACUCGAUACGUCACAUCCCCUUAUCAGGCUCCGGGCCAUUUUUGAAGAUACCAAGGCUCGUCUUGUACUGGCCUCAUCCACCCUGGUUAAGGAAGCUAGCAACCUGGCGUCCUGCGUCAUCGACGUGGGCGAUCGACUGCUUAGUGUAAACUCGAAUGAUACCCACUGUCAUGAUGUUCAUGUGAACGGGUCGAAUGCCGCCUACUUUAUCUUCACUUCAGGCUCGACCGGCAAGCCAAAAGGAAUUGUCAUUCACCACUCCUCGCUUGCCACCAGUCUGGAUGGCAUGAUCCGUCGCUGGGGCAUCACUGCAACGUGCAGAAUGCUCCAAUUUGGCUCGCAUGCAUUCGACAUCGCCGUUGCCGAACUCCUCCUUCCUCUUGUUGCCGGAGGAUGCGUUUGUAUCCCUUCCAAUGCCGAGAGAGGCGGAGACAUCACCGGCGCCAUGAAUCGCAUGGAAGUCAACUUCGCUAUGGCAACGCCCACAGUCGCCCGUUCUUUCAAUCCCGACCAGCUCAAACAUCUCAAAACAUUGAUCUUGGCCGGAGAGGCUAUCUCAGCUGCCGAUCUGGCGAUCUGGUGUGGGAAGGUCAUUCUCUUUGGAGGCUAUGGCCCGGCAGAGUGUGCCAUGUGCAGUGCAUCAACCCCAGUCAUUGUCAAGUCUGAUAAUCCGCGCAAUAUCGGGUUUUCGUCGGGUUGUGUUACGUGGGUUGUGGACCGAGACGAUUACCACCGGCUCGUUCCUGAAGGCGCUGUCGGCGAGCUUCUUGUUGAGGGACCUAAUGUCGCUCGGGGGUAUCUUAAUAAUCCGCUGAAGACUGCUGAAGUGUUUGUAGAGGCUCCCUGCUGGCUAAAAGCUAUUCGGGGGGAGAGGCAGACAAUCCUCUUAUACAGGACCGGGGAUUUGGUUCGAUUCGCGGAGGACGGAUCGUUGAUUUUUGUGGGCCGGCAGGAUCACCAGAUUAAAAUCCGUGGUCAAAGGCUAGAACUUGGGGAGGUAGAGUCGCAAGUCUCCCGGGCUUUCUGUGAUAGCCUUGUUCUGGUGGAACUUGUAAAGCAUGUCGACUCUCCCUUCCUCGUGGCGUAUGUCCUCCAGAGGGUUGGCGAUGAUGCCACGGGCAACACCACGGCUCUCGUACAAGUUCAUCCUCCUUCGGAGACUUUCUCCAAUGCUGUGCGUGCUGCAGUUGACCAGCUUCACGAGGCGAUGCCAUCCUACAUGAUCCCUAGUGCCUUUCUGCCCCUAGCAGAGCUGCCCAAGGGUGCCACUGGCAAGACUGAUCGCAAGUGCCUGCGGGAGCACGCAGCAUCUUUAUCGCGGGAGGAGCUCGAGGCCUACAGUGCCAUCGUGAAAUCGAGACGCGUUCCAUCUACGCCUCUGGAAGCCCAGCUGCAGGAGCUUGUGGCAUGCGCUCUGAACCGGUCCCCCGACAGCAUCCCGUUGGAUGAGGACAUCUUCCAAGCCGGCCUGGACUCAAUGAAGGCCAUGUCCCUGGCAGGAUCCGCUCGUCGAGCGGGUCUGAGCCUUACAGUGCAAGCAAUUUUUCGUCAUCCACGAUUGUCCGAUCUGGCUGCAGUGCUGGAAGGUGAGGACGAUGAAGCCUACCCUCCGCCCCCUCCAAGUGCUCUAUUGGAACACGCCGAUGAGCUGUGCGCGAAGUGGCACAUCGAUCGAAACAAUGUGCUCGACAUCAUCCCAGCCACAUACUAUCAGCGAACGUCAAUUGAAAGCCACCACUUGGCACAUGUGACCAUUCACUUCCCCCAGCUCCUCGAUGAGAUCCGGUUGAAGGAUGCCGUCGUCGCGACCAUUGAAAGACACCCGAUCCUGCGAACGGUCUUUGUCCCCUUCGAGAAUACACACAUCCAGAUUGUGCUGCGCCAGGUGGACCUGCCAGUUCAGACAGUCCGCACUGACAACAAUCCCGAAGAGGUCCUCCUAGCCAUCUGCCACACGGAUGCCGCCAAGCCAGUUCCUUUCGCGUCGCCCACCCUGCAGCUUUUCGUUGUGACGAGCAAGACCCGCAUGUCCCUGGCGUUGAGAGUCAAUCACGCGCACUACGACGGUAUGACAGUGUUGUUCCUCAUCCGGGAAAUAGGCACUCUCUAUGCAAAUUCGACAGCAGACCUACCCGCCAGCCUAGAGUAUCCCGAAUUUAUCGCCCAUCGUGUGCAGCGUACCCGGCCAGCGGCGUUUGAGUUCUGGCGCGGACUGCUCCAAGGCUCGUCCAUGACACAUCUGACUCUGUAUGACGAAACCGUUGGCUUCCCCAAACGCUCGCGCAUGGACCUCCUGGUGAACAGCUGGGCCGAGAUCCCGAUGCCCGAGUUACAGGGCGGCGUCACGAUGGCCACCGUUCUCAAAUCUGCCUGGGCCGUAUGUCUGGCGGAAUACACCAAGCGCACCGAUGUGGUCUUCGCGCAGAUUUCCAGCCACCGCGCCCUCCCCAUCGAUCGAAUCGACCGCACCGUCGGGCCGUGCGUGAACUACCUGCCCGUCCGCGUUCCGCUGCAAGCAGACUGGACCGCAAAAGAGCUCUUCCACUGGGUCCAGGGCCAGCACAUCCGGGGCAUGUCGCACGAUACAAUUGACUGGGACGAGAUGGUCGCUCGCAGCACCGAGUGGCAUCCUGACUCCCCGCCCGGCACGGGUCUCCACUGGUUGAAUGCCAGCGGCCUCUGGGAUACAGACUAUCUCUUCGGUGGAUGCGUCCCGGCGAGAAAUCGUCACGUUGAUACUCAAAUGCUUCACCGACAUCCGAUGAUGAUGUGUGUUCCAGUUCCCGCUGCCGAUGGAGAGAGUGGGGGUGUGACCAUGCUUCGGAUGAUGCUUAUGAGUCCGACCUUCGGUCAGGAGGUUGCCGAUAGGCUCGUUGAGAGAUUCAGGGGAAUUGUUGUACGGUUGACCGCGAGGCCGGAGGAGUUAGUGCUGGGGGGAGAUUGA